AGAAGUAAUAAAAAAGUCCCCUCUUAGAACCUUCUACGUUUUGUUAUCCUCAACUGCAAUACUUAUUCUGUCUUCCACAGUCAAACACACACCUCAAUCACUCAUUAAUUUCCCAAUAAAGCUCAGAAUAAAGCUAUGGCAACAAUCCAACUGACUACAUCAUCCAUUUUUGCUAAGGGAUUUGUAUCCUUUGAAGGGCUUAGGUCUACAAGUAAUGUAAAUAUUGCAUCCUUUGCUCCUUUGAAACAAAAUGGAAGGUUGUUUAGUGGACUUGUUGUUAAGGCUGCAACUUCUGUAUCCCCUAAGUACACUUCCAUUAAACCUUUGAGUGAUAGAGUUCUGGUGAAGAUUAAGAUUGCAGAGGAAAAAAGUGUAGGUGGUAUCCUACUUCCGACAUCAGCACAGUCAAAUCCACAAGGCGGUGAGGUUGUUGCUGUUGGAGAAGGUCGCUUAAUUGGGAAGAAUAAAGUGGAAAUUAGUGUGAAGACCGGUACCCAAGUGGUGUACUCAAAAUAUGUAGGAACUGAAGUGUUGUUUGAUGGGUCAAAGCACCUGAUCUUGAAAGAGGAUGACAUUGUUGGUAUUCUUGACACAGAUGAUAUCAAGGAUUUGCAGCCCUUAAAUGACAGAGUUCUAAUCAAGGUGGCCGAGGCUGAGGAAAAAACUGCUGGAGGAUUGUUUUUGAGUGAGGCCACAAAGGAGAAACCUUCGAUUGGCACGGUAAUAGCCGUUGGACCCGGUCCUCUUGAUGAAGAAGGAAACAGGAAAUCAGUUUCAGUAUCUCCUGGAAAUACAGUUUUGUAUUCCAAAUAUGCUGGCAAUGACUUCAGAGGGGCUGAUGGAUCUGAUUACAUCACUCUAAGGGCAUCUGAUGUAAUGGCUGUGCUUUCAUAGAUGUGUUUUAUAUAACAAUUCAUUUACAUACCAAUAUUUGCAGUUUAGUGUAGACAAGAGGAGAAGCUGUUGUACUAGUUUGGGUUAAAAUUCUUGCAAAUUAAUGAUGAAUAUAAAUUAUAGAAUCCAAUUUUGUAA